AAGAAGGCUUCGUUCUCCUCUGGCUUCUUCUUCGCUGCUGCUCCUUCUUCCCCCUCCUCCUCUGCAGACCCAGAUCGCCUCCUCCACUGACCCGCCUCCAAAUCGGUGACCCUGUUUUCUUCGUCGCAGGAAAUCUCCUUCGCGUUCGUGAUCAACAUUCCCAUCAGGAGAAGCAAUGUCGGCAGUAAUCACAAAGUUCGCUGUUACAUCUAUGGUGAUGUGGAUGGCCCCAGUUGCAAUUGUGUAUGGAUUUUACUACCAGAUUUUCCCAGGUGUCAGUAAGCUUUCACCCUCAGCGCAAACUAUGGCCAGUGGAUUUCUUGCUGUCAUAUCGGUCAAUCUGGUGAUCGGCUUUUACAUAUACAUGGCGAUGAAGGAGACUCCCCAUCAAGAACCACAACCUGAUCCAGCUUUUCUGGCAAAUGCUAAAGCAAGCAUCAACCAGCCAACAUCUUCUCAAGUGAGUGACGACUCCCAUGGGAAGGGAAAGGUGGAGUAGGCACUAGUCCAUUAUACACAAAUUAUCCAGAAUCAUCUGUGUUAUGUACUUAUGUAAUGUCACGUCCUUUUAGCUUGAUGUAGUCACUGAAAUUUUGAGAACUAUGGUAUCUUAUGAAGAUGAAUCUUUUGUACUGUAUCGAACUUGUUAUUUUUGGUAUGAUGUCAAGAAAUACUAUUCUUGAUCAUAAUUCAGGCACCUGCUUUCACUAA